UCAUUCACUUUUCGUUUCACUUCACUUGAAACUGACCUUCUUCAAAGCAAGGAAGUUUUCAUGCGUCUUGGACUUAGCUUUCAAAUCAAAAUAUCCUGCUGUUAACUAGUUCCCUUAUCUCUCUAUUUCUAUAUAUAUGUACACACAUUUAUAUACAUUAUACACACCACAUUUAAUAACAAACGACAGAACUCGUCAACUGAAGAGAAGUGUUUAUCAUGUCAGGUUUAACAUAUCAAGUACUGCGUGGCUUAAGGUCAGCAUUGAAGAACACCAAUUUGCAUAUUAAGAGAGUGAGUUCUUUCCACGGGCCUCAUAACUUUGCUUUUGUGAAACCAGAAAUGAUCUCCAAGACACUUUUGGUUCCAGCACACAUACAACGACCACCCUAUGUAUCUGUACAUGGUAACGACCCUCAUCCUAAUUAUAUAGAAAUCCACCCUGACCAAGAAAUAGAUUCCAUCAGAAAUUCCUGCAGUUUGGCAAGGAAAAUUCUUGACCUUACUUCUAAACACUUGAAAGUGGGCAUCACCACUGAUGAGUUGGACAAGAUCGUACACAACCUGUGCAUCGACCACAAUGCCUAUCCAUCUCCUCUCUUUUACAACAAUUAUCCCAAGUCAGUUUGUACAUCAGUCAAUAAUGUUGCCUGCCAUGGAAUCCCUGAUUCUCGACCCCUACAAAAUGGUGACAUCAUCAACAUUGAUAUUACGGUUUACCUCAAUGGUUACCAUGGUGACGUUUCAGAGACUUACCUUAUUGGAGAUGUUGAUGAAAGAGCUAAAAAUCUCGUUGAAACAACACGUCGUUCUUUACUGGAGGCCAUCAAAAUUUGUAAAGACGACGUUCCUUUCUCAGAAAUCGGACGAAAAAUUAAUGAUGUGGUGACAGCAGCUGAUUUCCAAGUCAUUCCUGAUUUCUGUGGUCAUGGAAUUGGUCGAUAUUUUCAUGGUUUACCUGAUGUGUUUCACAUUGAUUUGGGUUGUAAAACGAGGAUGAAGGAGAAUAUGGUGUUUACAAUUGAACCUUUGGUAUGUGAAGGAUCUUCUGCAAUAAAAAUUUUAUCUGAUGGCUGGACUGCAGUGACCAGAGACGGCAGCCGAUCAGCCCAGUUUGAACAUUGUGUUCGAGUAACACAACAUGGGGCAGAGAUUCUUACACAAUAACAUAUGGCAUCUGUGGCUGUGGCUACAAAUAUGAAAACCCAAUGUAAAUUUUCUGAUUUGAAUCAAACAUAAUUUAUUUUCAAAUCCCUUGACUGUCCUCUCUUUCUGUUACUCCAACUGUACUACAACAACCCCUGCUUCACUCGAUCUUUUUGACUGUAAACUGCCAAUACUUAAACUCACUCAACACCUCUCUAUCUUCUCCUCUAACCAACCUCACAGUCUUUUCUCAAACCCUUCAUUUUAUACUGCGUACAUAUUUUCCUCAAAACAUAUUUCCCACAAAACACGUUUCCCACAAAACAUGUUUUCCACAAAAACAGCAUUUCUCUGGAAUUGUUUCUUUGCUUCCUGAUUUUCUUGCAACCAGUGAUCUUCAAAAGGUCAAACAGUGGAUUAAUGUCAUCCAGCUAUUGUUAAUCCUUAGUCUGGGUGGAACUGACCAAUAUAAAAGAAAUAUAUACUUGCA